UUCAGAUGAUGAGAAUCAGAAAGUCUUUUAAUCAAGUUCUCUUUUUUACCUUUCCCUCUCUCGGUCUUUCCCGCCAAAUUAAACAGUCUUUUUUUCACACCAAAGUUUGUUUGAUUGAAAAGCUUCAGAAAUGUAACCAUUUAAUUUCUCUAUACUUAACUCACACCAACAUUUUGAAAUCUGGGUUUUUCAACGACACUUUUACCGCAAAUCAUCUCAUAAAUUGCUAUGUGAGGCUCCAAGAAACCCUGAAUGCGCAUAAAGUGUUCGACGAAAUGCUUGACCCAAACGUUGUAUCAUAUACUUCACUCAUGACUGGUUAUAUUAACAUGGGUCAACCCCAAACUUCUCUAUUUAUUUUUAAGGAAAUGUUUGGAAGCUCAGUUUUGCCUAAUGAGUUUACAUUUGCGACAGUUAUUAAUGCGUGUUCAAUGCUUGCUGACCUCAAAACCGGUACAAAGAUUCAUGCCCAGGUUGAAGUUUUUGGGUUAGAAUGUAACCUUGUGGUGUGUUCUUCACUUGUUGACAUGUAUGGGAAAUGCAAUGAUGUGAAUGGAGCUAAGGGGGUUUUUGAUAGGAUGAGUUGUAGGAAUAUUGUUUCUUGGACUUCCAUGAUUGUAGCUUAUGCGCAGAAUGCUCAAGGUGAUGAAGCAUUAAGAAUGUUUAGAGAGUUUAAUUAUUUGUUGAGAGACUGUCCGAAUCAGUUUAUGUUAUCCAGUGCGGUCAAUGCUUGUGCUAGUCUCGGUAGGCUAGUUUCUGGGAAGGUUACACAUGGAGCGGUGAUUCGUUGUGGCCAUGAUUCAAACUAUGUGGUUGCUAAUGCACUAGUCGACAUGUAUGCUAAAUGUGGUUGUGUUACUUAUUCUAAUAAAGUUUUUCAGACAAUAUCACAUCCUUGUGUGAUAGCUUACACUUCGAUGAUUGUAGGUGCUGCAAAGUAUGGACUUGGGAGAUUAGCACUUGAACUCUUUGAAGAAAUGAUUCAAAGAAGACUAAAACCCAGCGAUGUCACCUUUGUCGGUGUCUUACAUGCUUGUAGCCAUUCAGGACUUGUGGAUGAAGGCCUUGGAUACUUAAAAUCGAUGCCUGGAAAAUAUGGAAUCAUGCCUGAUGCAAAGCAUUAUACAUGUGUUGUUGACAUGCUUGGCAGAACUGGUCGUCUUGAUGAGGCCUACCAGUUAGCAAAAUCUAUCCAGGUUGAUCCAAAAGCAGGUGCUCUCUUAUGGGGCACACUUCUUUCAGCUAGUAGACUUCAUGGAAGGGUGGAUAUUGCUGUUGAAGCUAGUAAGCAACUAAUAGAAUCCAAUCAACAAGUUGCGGGUGCAUAUGUUACAUUAUCAAACACUUAUGCAUUGGCUGGGGAAUGGGAAAAUGCUCAUAGUCUUCGCUCUGAAAUGAAGCGUACAGGGAUUCACAAGGAACCUGGCUGCAGCUGGGUUGAGAUAAAGAAUGAGACGUAUGUGUUCUAUGCUGGUGAUGCAUUGUGUGAAAGAGGGAGUGAGGUUGUGAGUUUGCUGAGAGAACUGGAGCUGAAAAUGAAGGAAAGGGGGUAUGUGGGAGGGAAUAGAGGGUUGGUAUUUGUUGAUGUGGAGGAUGAAGCCAAAGAGGAAAUAGUGAGCCUGCACAGUGAGAGACAGGCUUUGGCUUUUGGGUUGGUAAGAAUACCCAAAGGAAUUACCAUCAGAAUAAUGAAGAACUUGAGAAUGUGUAGCGACUGUCAUGAGGCUUUCAAGCUGAUUAGUGACAUUGUGGAGAGGGAUUUUGUUGUGAGAGAUGUAAAUAGAUUUCACCAUUUUAAAAAUGGGUCCUGCACUUGCGGGGAUUUUUGGUGACUAAUCAAACAGUUUUCAUGUCAAUUGUGCUCUACUGUAGCUGAUUUGGUUCCAUUGUGAA